CUUGUUUCUCGGGUGUGAAUUAGCCGAAACACUUCCUUCCCAAGGACGAUCUACACAUCCUCACAUUCUCUCCAUCUUCUGCUUGUGCUCACGGGCACACCGGUCAAAUGGUGCGACGCCGCGCGCUGCUCAAUGAGGCUUACCCCGCGCUACCUGCAAGCAGAGACUUAAGACGGCCACACACCCGUCAAAAAAAGACGGACGGAACACCGCAGAUACUUCCGUUCCCUAACAGAUUCUUGAAGUAGAAAUUUCGCCAUGAUCGAGUAGCGACAGUGAGGAGCAUGUGUGCCGUCUCAAUCCUCCCAUGAAUGCAGCGUAUUUCCAGGGUCGAAUCGAUUCGCACUCGCGCCCUUCGUUUUGAGGCCGAGCUUGGCUGCUUGCCUUUCUGGAAUCUGGUGGCCCCCCCUCACCCCCCAGAAACUCCUUUCAGGCGACUGUGUGUCGCGUACAGCGUGCUGUAACAGAUUCUGCAAGAAUGGUGAUGUGGAAGAGCGGGUCUCUGCGAGUACUCCGUGGCAUAGGCUGCGAAACUUACAGAGUAUCGUGCGCCGGUGUUGCCUCGCUUCUGUUUGCUGUGUCUCUUGCCAUACUUUCAGGAAACACAGUGGCUUUUGCCUCGGUAAACUGGGAUAAUUAUGCGCUUGACGAUAUUGUGUACGAAGUUGUAUAUCCGGAAGAUUAUUCGUCGCUAGCGUCGGCAGUACGUCACGCGGCUUGGAAUAGUCCUGCCCCGCAUAUGGUACCGGUGAGCUCUUGCGAGGCCACUGUCAUUCCAUUACCUCCUGCUCUGUUGGACUCCGUUACCGCUCUGGAAGAUGCUUCCAGUUUUGAACAGGACACGGAAGAACCAUCGUCAUCAAAGGGACCACGGUGCGAAUGCCAAGUGCAGGUGUCCGUGCUGUUCGACAUCGGCGAGCGAGCUGAAGAAAUCCAAGGAAAUGGAAAUAUCACGCUAAGCGGGUGCUUUCGCGUACGUAAGGAUGACACUGUGGAGCAGGCUACGAUGAAGGGUACCAUGAAAGCUCGUUGCCAAGAGAUGUUCAACACUUUACCACUCGCACAAAUGUGUGGAAACGGUGGCAAAAGCGAAGAGCUUAGAGCGCGCAUGAGUUUUUUUAGCGACGGUGAAGUACAAGGACCACCAGAUAUGGGCUUCUUGGAACUCGAGGCUCCGGUUUCUGGGCAAGCUCCGCUAAGCGCUUUUCUUGCGGUUGAUGCUUCCGCGACAGAAAAAGGAGACUAGCGAAAGUGAACUACCAUAAGCGAGGUCAAUGCCGAUGUUGGGAAAUGACCAAAACAGAUCCUACUGUUUUAGGUGGUUGAAGACCGAUUUUCAACCCCAGUCUGACAUAUAUUUCCCUCAGCUUGCGUGAUGUGACUCCUGGGGGGGAUGUUUGUCGGUUAUAGAAAUAGGAACACAAGUACGCAUCUCGGAAACGUAGCUGGAGAGCUUUCACUCACAAAAGGUUUCAUUUCAAUACACACAGGUUGCAACAAGUAUUGCUGAAUCAGGUGCAUCAAGUGUGUGACAUCCCGUACCACUUCAGGUGGUAGCUCCUGUUUCCCACCGGAUACCACGCGCAAUGGCGCGGAUCCUUCUGGGGAAGAAUGCUACACAUUUUAUGAUGUUUCGGUAGAGGUAACCUCUUUGGGGUGGGGGCGGACAUGCGAGUGAUAGUAUGGGUUUGUUACUAUGUGUCUUACCCGGCGAUCCCCAUUUGCAGGCUAGGUAUCGACAGCAAAACAUCAUGCACAGGUUACUGGUAUCACGCGGCUAGUUCAUCGAGUGUUUGUCAGUUCAUAGAAUUUAGGAAUUGUUGUCCAAUGUGACGAGUUACUUGCUUUUACGCAACUGUGUUAGAAGCUCAGCGACUGGUGACCGCUGUCGCACCGCUUGCGCUUUCUUGGGAAGUUUUUUUUCGUUUCCGGUUGCUUCCUCUCGCUGUGCCGGAACCUUGAUGUUCGAAGGGCCCCUCUGCAAGAUAGUUGAAUUUUUCAUAGAUGGAAUCCUGAUGAACGCCCAUGAGAGUGUUUCCUAGACAUCUGAAAUCGUAAGAACGCUACACCGACUGACAAGAAAUGUACUCGUUUAUUCCCGUGGUCGGUGUGCUGUCAGGAGUUACGACUUGAUUUGCAAAACUUUUCUUGAGAAUCUCCGCACAAGAGAUUGACAUGGCUGUAACAGCUGCCACGCAAAUAGGCGUUUUCAAGUGGACGGUAAUUGUGUUCACCACCUACACCAGAGAGGUAAAUCAGCGUGCCCCUAGGAAGACGGAGUUGAGUUGAUGCUUAUCAGGUCGACACCGGCAAUGGCACGUGUCGCCGAGCACACAGUCAGGUAUCGCAUAAUGUAAGUUUCCGGGGAUCUAGGCUGGUUGAGACUCAUGAGAAACCCAGC